UUAAAAAAUAUUCUCUGUCCUACAAGAAGUGAGCAGGGGGAGGGGGGAACCCCCAACUGGAAAGUCCUGAAGGGCAGAGGGGUUGUGGUGGUCAAACGCACACAGCGUAAAUGCACCGGAGGUCGCGAUGGCAGGGUGAGCUCUGAGCGACUGCUCGGAGCUCUUGACUUCCAAGCCUCAGGUGUCACGGAAUAACUGCACGCUCGGAAAAAGCUCCAAGUGCAGUCUUAGAAAGCGCGAUGCGUAUUUGGAGGGGGGGGCGAUGCGGGCGGUGUACCCUGGUGAGGCUCGGGCGAGGUCUGCUCUUUGGUGUCACGUUAAAGGGCUCUGUCGGUCACUGAGGACGGGGCGGGAUGUUUCUCCUGAAAGAACAAAGAAUAAGAAGGAAAGAAAUAGAGCUCACCAGUUAUUUCAUAGAACUGUUCUGCUCUUGGAACUGGAUCCACAUGGGCAAGUCUCUGUGUCCGUGCAAGGUGCUGUUGAGCGGCUUUCUGCAGAUACUUGUUCCCAUGUACGAAGAUGUCCUUAGUGGACCUAGGGAAGAGGUUGCUAGAAGCAGCUCGCAAAGGCGAAGAUGACGAGGUGCGAAAGCUGAUGGCAAGCGGCGCUCCCUUCACCACCGACUGGCUUGGGACGUCGCCUCUUCACCUCGCUGCCCAGCACGGCCACUAUUCGACAGCAGAAGUGCUGCUUCGAGCGGGCGUUAGCAGAGAUGCACGAACAAAAGUGGACCGGACGCCGCUACACAUGGCUGCGGCUGACGGGCACACUCAAAUUGUAGAACUGCUAAUUAGGAACGGGGCUGAUGUAAAUGCCAAGGACAUGCUGAAAAUGACUGCUUUGCACUGGGCGACAGAGCACAACCACCGAGACGUCGUAGAGCUGCUCAUCAAAUACGGAGCUGACGUCCACGCUUUCAGCAAGUUUGAUAAAUCGGCUUUUGAUAUCGCUUUGGACAAGAACAAUCCAGAGACUCUGGUAAUGCUGCAGGAAGCAAUGCAGAGCCAGGCGGACACUCAUCCAGAGAGAACGGAUCCCAUCACCAACACUGUGACUCUCACCUCACCGUUUAUUCUUACGGCAGGGGAUGUUCUCAAUCUCGCUAGUCUCAUCUCUUCAGCAAACGCCAAAACAGCCUCAGGUGACUCCCACUCUUCGGUGCAGUUCUCCAACUCGACGACCUCCGUGCUUGCCACGCUUGCGGCCCUGGCUGAAGCAUCGGCACCGCUUUCCAGCUCUAGCAGAGACGCAGGUAAGACGGAGGAAAUAGCGGAAGCAAAUUCUGUCGAUUCUGCCCUGCAAGAAGUGGUUGGCGGCGGAGGGCAGCAUGUCAUCGCCAUUGUAACAGACGGCAUUCCCCUGGGCAGCCUGCGAACAGCCGUCCCCACCGGCGGCCUCAGCCAGCCCUUCAUCCUAACCGUGCAAGACGGGCAGCAAGUUUUAACUGUACCUGCUGGUCAGGUUGCAGAAGAGACUGUUAUUGAAGAGAGAGAUGACGCAGAAGAGGAAGAAAUGCCGCUGGCCAAGAAGCAAAGAGUGGAACAAACUGUAGAUGACCCAAAGGAAGACCAGGACAGCGCUGAAAGGGGAGUGCUCCAGCAGCAGCUGCAGGAGGUGAACCAGAAGGCCCAGGAGUAUGGCAGCCAGCUCACAAGGAAAGAACAGGAGGCGGAGGAAUACCGGCUGCAGCUGGCAGCCGUGGUGAGGCCGCAGCCCAACGGAGCUGAGGUGACGGUGCUCGAAGAGGCCGCCGAGGUUGCCCAGCAUGCGGUGGCCCCAGAGGACAUCAGGGAGUCUGUGCUCUCCAUGCUGGAAACGGAUCAGCCGACUGAUAUCACUGUGGAAACUGUGACCUCCUAAUCCUCGGUGGCUGACUGGGCUUUAACCGUGGAUCCUUUUGCUUGAGGCAGCCCUCAGUGCGAGAGGCUGGCUGCCUGGCGGCCGGAGCCGUUCACGCUUUCAGGGAAUCUUCGCUUCGCCCUCUUUCUUCCAGGGGCAGUCUGGGGGAGAUCUGCAUCGCACCCCUUAACCCAAAGGGAUUGUGAAAAAUUCCUCCUCAAUUUUAUGAUAUUUAGUCAAAUGUUCUGUUUGACACUUCCGCCCCGAACAGCGGCGUGAACUGAUCAUGUAUGCAAAACUACAUACGGCGGUUGUGCAAGACAGCCUGGGAGUCGAGUUGUCUCUGGAGAUACAUAUGUCACUUUUUUACUAAGCAGUUUUUAUUUUUAAAGAUAGUAAAAACCUUCAAGCAGCUGA